UUGUUUGUUUGUUUUAAAGGUGCAGUUCCCAAUUUGAAGCGAAGGGUGGUCCAUCACGAACCCCCCAUGUCGUUCUGGUUCCUCCUCCGUCUACCACAAUUGGGAUGAAAAAUUCCAACACGAGUUUACACGGACUGACAAGAGGCCUGUUUUUUUUUUUUAUUUUACAUUUUUUAACCCUUUCUGCUCCGCAGCGAGGAUGGGAACUAUCCGGACGGACGUGCGGAGCCGCGCGGAAAGCGCCGCCUCUGUGGGCCAGUGAACACGGGCCAGCGCUGCGUUCCGCUCCGGCACUCAGAGCGGGACUCGAACGCACAAUGGAUGGCUGGUCGCGUCCUCCUGCUCGCGCCUUUCUCAACGGGAGCUGAACUCCUUUAACGCGACAGUCCGCGGCGCCGCGCACUCUCUACGCUGACGGCCUUUUAUUUAUUAUUACAUGUUAUAAAUAAUAAAUUAUAAUUGAAGAGUCGUCUGGAAGAGGAGCCUCCGCCCGGCCACCGCCUCCAUGGGGAAGUGGAGCCCGUCAGGCCGGAUGUAGACACACACACACACACACAGACAGACAGACAGACACACACACAUACCGGGGCCGGAGGGAGCCGAGCUCGGGGACGGAGUCCGGGGACACGCGGUGGAGCGCGCACGGAGACGCCACGGACGGAGGCCCGAUCCUCGGCCUGGACCUGCGGGACGGAGCGCCGGAUAGGAGGAGGAGGAGGAGGAGGAACCGGCCCACCGCACCGGGGUGAGCGGCGGCGGCGGCCGAAUACGGGGGGGCCGUUUUUAGCUAAAUUGGUAGACUUUUCACAAGGCGGGAACCAUGCCACCGAGGCCAUCAUCAGGGGAACUAUGGGGAAUACAUUUGAUGCCCCCGAGGAUUUUGGUGGACUGUCUCCUGCCGAACGGGAUGAUUCUCACGUUGGAAUGCCUUCGCGAAGCCACGCUCAUCACCAUCAAGCACGAGCUCUUCAAGGAGGCCAGGAAGUACCCGCUGCAUCAGCUCCUUCAGGAGGAGACCUCGUACAUCUUUGUUAGCGUCACGCAGGAAGCGGAACGGGAGGAGUUCUACGAUGAGACCAGGAGGCUUUGCGAUCUCCGGCUCUUUCAGCCGUUUCUGAAAGUCAUCGAGCCUGUUGGCAACAGGGAAGAGAAAAUCCUAAACAGAGAAAUCGGCUUUGCCAUCGGUAUGCCCAUCUGUGAGUUUGACCUGGUGAAGGACCCAGAGGUACAGGACUUCAGGAGAAACAUUCUGAAUGUCUGCAAAGAAUCGGUGGACCUCAGAGAUGCCAGCGGACCCCACAGUCGUGCAUUAUAUGUUUAUCCCCCCAACGUGGAGUCAUCGCCAGAGCUUCCAAAGCACAUAUACAGUAAACUUGACAAAGGUCAAAUAAUCGUGGUGAUCUGGGUGAUCGUCUCGCCCAACAACGACAAACAGAAGUACACCCUCAAAAUCAACCACGACUGCGUUCCCGAGCACGUGAUCGCCGAAGCCAUCCGCAAGAAGACCAGAAGCAUGCUGCUGUCCCCCGAGCAGCUCAAGAUGUGUGUGCAGGAGUACCAGGGCAAGUACAUCCUCAAAGUGUGCGGCUGCGACGAAUAUCUCCUGGAGAAGUACCCGCUGAGCCAAUACAAAUACGUCAGGAGCUGCAUCAUGCUGGGACGCAUGCCGAACCUGAUGCUCAUGGCCAAGGAGAGCCUGUACUCCCAGCUGCCCACAGACACGUUCGCUAUGCCCUCGUACGCCCGCCGCAUCUCCACUGCCACGCCGUACAUGAACGGAGAGGCCUCAGCCAAGUCGCUGUGGACCAUCAACGGCACGUUGAGAUUAAGGGUCCUGUGCGCCACCUACGUCAAUGUAAACAUCCGGGACAUCGAUAAGAUCUACGUGCGGACAGGGAUCUACCAUGGAGGAGAGCAGCUCUGCGAUAACGUGAACACCCAGCGAGUACCCUGCUCCAAUCCCAGGUGGAACGAGUGGCUGAACUACGACAUGUACAUCGCUGACAUUCCCCGCGCCGCUCGCCUCUGCCUCUCCAUCUGCUCCGUGAAGGGGCGGAAAGGAGCCAAGGAGGAGCACUGUCCGCUGGCGUGGGGCAAUGUGAACCUGUUUGACUACACGCACACGCUCGUCUCUGGGAAGAUGGCCCUCAACCUGUGGCCUGUGCCCCAUGGCCUGGAAGACCUUCUCAACCCUAUCGGAAUCACAGGUUCCAACCCUAACAAGGAAACUCCUUGCUUGGAGCUCGAGUUUGAUUACUUCGGCAGUCCCGUGAAGUUCCCGGACAUGGCCACGAUCGAGGAGCACGCUAACUGGUCCAUAUCCAGGGAACUGGGCUUCAAUUACUGCCACGCUGCUUUGAGCAACAGGCUUGCCCGCGACAACACCCUGACUGACAUCGACAGCGAGCAGCUGCGCCUCGUCUGCAACCGGGACCCUCUGUCUGAGAUCACUGAACAGGAGAAGGACUUCCUGUGGAGGCACAGACACUACUGUGUUAAUAUGCCCGAAAUCUUGCCGAAGAUCCUCCUCGCAGUGAAAUGGAACUCCAGAGAUGAAGUAGCGCAGAUGUACUGCCUUCUGAAGGACUGGCCAGUGAUAAAGCCAGAACAAGCCAUGGAGCUGCUCGAUUGCAACUUCCCCGACCCGAUGAUCCGCGAGUUCGCCGUCCACUGCCUUGAGAAGUAUUUGACGGAUGACAAACUCUCUCAGUACCUCAUCCAGCUGGUCCAGGUGCUGAAAUAUGAGCAGUAUCUUGAUAAUCCGCUGGUGCGUUUUCUGCUGAAAAAGGCUUUGACGAACCAGAGAAUUGGACAUUUCUUCUUUUGGCACUUGAAAUCGGAGAUGCACAAUAAAACGGUGAGCCAGCGAUUCGGGUUGCUCCUGGAGUCAUACUGCCGCGCUUGUGGGAUGUACCUGAAGCACCUGAGCAGGCAGGUGGAGGCCAUGGAGAAACUCAUCAACCUCACGGACAUUCUGAAGCAGGAGAAGAAGGAUGAGACGCAGAAGGUACAGAUGAAAUUCCUGGUGGAACAGAUGAGGAGGCCAGACUACAUGGAUGCCCUGCAGAACUUCACCUCCCCGCUGAACCCCGCACAUCAACUAGGCAACCUACGGCUUGAGGAUUGCAGAAUAAUGUCUUCCGCUAAACGGCCGCUGUGGCUGAACUGGGAAAACCCUGACAUCAUGUCGGAGCUUCUCUUCCAGAACAAUGAGAUCAUUUUCAAGAACGGAGACGAUUUGCGACAAGACAUGCUCACGCUGCAGAUCAUCCGAAUUAUGGAGAACAUCUGGCAGAAUCAAGGACUUGAUCUCAGAAUGCUCCCGUAUGGGUGCCUCUCCAUUGGCGACUGCGUAGGCCUCAUUGAGGCGGUGAGGAACUCGCACACCAUCAUGCAGAUCCAGUGCAAAGGCGGCCUGAAGGGGGCGCUGCAGUUCAACAGCCACACCCUCCAUCAAUGGCUCAAGGACAAGAACAAGGGAGAGAUGUACGACCUGGCCAUUGACUUGUUCACACGAUCCUGCGCCGGCUAUUGCGUGGCUACCUUUAUCUUGGGCAUUGGAGACAGACACAACAGCAACAUCAUGGUCAAAGAUGAUGGCCAGUUGUUCCACAUAGACUUUGGCCAUUUCCUUGACCACAAGAAGAAGAAGUUUGGCUAUAAGCGUGAGCGGGUGCCCUUUGUCCUAACGCAGGACUUCCUGAUAGUGAUUUGCAAAGGAACACAGGAGUGCACCAAAACCAGGGAGUUUGAAAGGUUCCAGGAGAUGUGCUACAAGGCCUACCUAGCCAUCCGCCAGCAUGCCAACCUUUUCAUCAACCUCUUCUCCAUGAUGCUUGGUUCCGGCAUGCCCGAGCUGCAGUCCUUCGACGACAUCGCCUAUAUCCGCAAGACGCUGGCGUUGGACAAGACUGAGCAGGAGGCCCUGGACUACUUCAUGAAGCAGAUGAACGAUGCACACCAUGGCGGAUGGACCACCAAGAUGGACUGGAUCUUCCACACCAUCCGGCAACACGCUUUGAACUGAGGGACGACAGAAGAAACGAGCUCCUGCCGGCAGCCGCUCGCAGCGAGUUCAGACUUUUGAGGACAGUGGAUGAUAACCAAGCCAUCUUUGUAGCACUUAACAAUCCGGGAAGUACUCCGUUAACCCUCAACAGCCUGUCCUUGUCUCCACUUUCAAAUCCCACCUCUUGGCAACAGCAGCUGGGUUUGACUCUGUUUUUGUUAGAGAAUCUUCAGUUUUCUCCUUUCCUCCCCGAAUGUCUAUGGCCUUUAUACAAAAAAAAAAAAAAAUCACUUGCACUCGUUGUCAGAAGUGCAGCGAGGUGUACACGUCUUCCUCAAACUUCUAUGCCUUUAAAUAUGCACAUAACGCGUAUAGAUUGCUGGGCAGAGUGAGCGAAACGACCAUUUUUUGUAGCACACGUUUGACAGCAGGACAUUGUUAGCCGUGAUGAGGCACGCUAUGGAUGACGUGAGAACGGCGCAAUGCGGUGUGAAUUGGUGAACCAGCGUUUCUUCACCACCACCCCGGCCCCUAUACUGCACCUACUUCUGAAGGUUUGUCCGAGAGCAAGCUAUUGAUUUCCGGUUGCGGAUCGGAGUAGUCGUUGCGGAAUACAAAUGUCUGAUGGGAAACGCUCUGAAAGCAGCCUACUUACAGGCGCAUGUGCAAUAAGAGGUGUUGCAAGGGUGAAAGAAAGCAGGUAGAGACCGGCUUGUGACUUCUCCUCAUCUCGAAUGUCGUGUAUAAGUGCAUUAACACAAGCUGGACACGGUGUUCUCCGAGUCUGUUCUCCGACUGACAUGCGUCCGGGUUGGAGGUUUUUAGCAGAAGCAACGAAGGGAUGUGUCUGUAACCAAAACCUAUGGUUCAUUACGCUGUAAGAACUUGAGAUUACAACAUGGGCCCAAAACAGGUCCAAUGUGCUGUUGACAGGCAUCUAGGCUUGUUUACUAUUUAUAGAGGUUAUAUAAUUCUUCGACUGAGUAGUCUCACUUCCCUCUUGGAAGCGGCUCAUGCUGUCUCGUGACCUCGUUUGUUGUUGGGUCCAUCAGUUGAAAGACGGAACACGGGCGGUGUUAAAACACUUUGUUUCUCUUGCAGCUACUUCUGGCAGCAGCCGUUGCAAAGUGUGAAUCACAGUUGCUGGCAGCACUCUGGGAGUUACCAGACAGACAGCGUGAGUGGAUUGAGGGUUAACCUUCCUUGAGAUGAUUUAAAAAAAAAAAAAAAAAAAAAUUCUGGAAGUUCCUAAAAUAAACUCCACUGGGCCUCAGAAACAGCAUAAUUCAUGUUGUGGUCCACUGCGAGUAGCAACAUGGGCCUAUAACAAGACACAACAAAAGUGAAUUGGCUCAUUAAGAGAGGGUGCAAGUUGAACUGUACAGACAUAUAAUAAUUGCUAGUAUUCAGGGAAUGUCAAGUUCAGUUUUAUUUAUUGAUUUAGCCAAAAUUGUUUUAGCAACUUGCACAUUCCUGAUUUUUUAGGUGGAAACCCUUUUCCCUCCAAAAAGGACCAUGUCAGCACCCGCCGUUUAUCUCGGCAACACUGGGGCCACGUGGGAUUAACUAUUCAUUUUUACUUUCAAAUUUAUAUCUCCUGCACUGGUAGCACCACCCAUUAGUCUUCUUAGACCUUGAAGAUGUGGCUCUCAUUGAAAUUCAGGAACGAGCUUCAUAUGCCAGGUGAUUGCAGUGGACAUCGAAGGUACACCUCUGAAGCGGGGCCCCUUUUUUUAUAGAGUGGUCCGUGAAGUUGAGGUUAUCCUUGGGUCGACACGCGUGGUCAUGUGACCUCAGGACCGUGAGAUCUGUUGUGCUGUAAAUGCACCAGUCCAAAGGAGCCCCUGGCUAAAACUAAACUACCUUCUCUAUCUAAGAAGACCUUUUUAUUGUAUUUGCAAAACAUAUUAUUAACAAAUGUCAAGUACUUACUCUGUAUAUAUUAUUAUUUUAUAAAUUUAGCCUUGUUUACUGAGCCAAAGUUUAAAAAUGGAGUCUCCAUAGCAAAUACUUUAAUGUAUCACUACUUUACACCCGGUACAGAAGCUCUGUCAUGAGAAAUCCCACAUAUGGAAGACGCAUGUUAUUGACAUUUGAUAUGUCCAUGUACUAACUCACUUUAAGAGAUGCUUCUAACUUCGUGUUUCAAAGUGCAGCUCUCCUUUCCCGACAUCAGCGUACGCAGGAAUGUCGUGCGCUCCCUAAUGUUUCGGAGAUUGUGCAUGUGGAUAUGACGUGGAGUGCGGUUACGGUAGUAUUUUUAAAUUUUUUUUUUUUUCCUGUGCUUAUAAUUUGGAGUGAACUAAAGACCAGUGGGAAUGUGGAGGUGGGCAAUGAGAACACGGUUACUUUACAAUGCGUGCGCACACAUACACGCAAAGGCAAUCUGCUGGAAAAACAAUCCAUAUGGAAAAAUUUGUGUGAUACUGGUGUAUCUGAGCAAGUAUUAAAGUGCACUGACCUUGGUGUUACGAUCUCAGCAUCAUGCUUUGCUGAAAUGAAGGGAAAGGCCAUCGACACCCUUUUUAGGCACGGUGGCCUGCUGAAUCCUUACCGUUCCAGAGGUAUUUAAAUACACAGCAAAAAUGUCCCAUUAAACUGUAUUAAUGCAUAAGAAAACGAUGAGUUUUGAACUGUGAAUUUCUUUCCCUGCUCUGUAAUUUCUAGUUUAGUGAAUAAUAUAUAAUUAUAUUAUUCCAAACUUCUUAUGCAUUUACGUGAGAUACUUGAGAUUUUGCAUUUUUUAAUACAAAAUGUGGUCUUAUGCAGUAAACCGUUUAAUAGCCGUAAAAUUGAAGUGUAAUUUUUUUUUCCUUUCUCACUUUUCUAAAGUUUAAUUCUGUCCAAAAUGGUCCUGCAGCUUAUUUGCAUGUUGGCUUCAAUGGCAUUAUUAAUGUUACUCCACACAAUGGGUCAGAUGGUUUUUUUUUUUUUUUUUUUUUGUGGUUGAAACUUGCCUUUAUGUGAAGCCACUGAUGAUACUCUGUGUGUGUGUGUGUGUGUGUG